AUGGAUGUGUAUCUCAUUCACGACAAUAAUGAAAUUGAUGAUGUACAGAAAUUACAUUACUUGAAGGGACAUCUCAAGGGAGAAGCUGAACAAUUGUUACGACAUAUACCCAUAACUAAUGAUACGUAUGUCCUCGACAAAGUGACGAGAGACUUACCUUCAACUGCUGUAUCAAUCACCUCAUGGCCGGAGUUAGAACUAGUAACUUUAGCUGACCCGGAAUAUCACACUUCGAAUAAGAUAGAUAUCUUAUUAGGGGCGGAGGUUUAUGCUAGGAUUAUUCAAGAUGGUAUUAUCAAAUGUCCCUCGGGGUCUUUAGCGGCACAAAAUACAACCCUGGGAUGGAUAUUAUUUGGAGCGGUCAAGUCGGAUCAAAACACAAAUAUUAAGGUUACAACAUUGCACACACAUGUAGAGCCUGUAGAAGAAUUGCUCAAGUCCUUUUGGGAGGUUGAAGCAGAGCCGUCCAACAAACAGAAGAUUUUGUCAAUCGAAGAGCAGCGGUGUGAAGAUAUCUUCCAUUCAACCACCACACGAGAUGAAGAGGGACGAUAUGUUGUCAAACUUCCAUUUCGAGAUAGUGAACCAGCCUGCGCAGAUGGUCAUUCGCGGGAUAUUGCAUUGAAGAGAUUCCACUAUCUUGAGAAGAAGAUGCAGAACGAUGAGCGUCUGAAACAGGAAUACAAGAAAGUAUUUGAUGAAUACUUAGAGUUAAAUCACAUGAAGGAAAUUCAUGACAACAAAGCAAAGGGUUGUUACAUACCAUAUCACGCUGUCAUACGCGAAGACAGACAGACAACCAAAUUUCGGGCUGUCUUUGAUGCGUCAUGCAAAGGUACGAACGGCGUAUCUUUAAACGACGAUUUAAUGGUAGGCCCUAGAUUGCAACCAGAGUUGCGUCAUAUAAUAAUGCGUUGGCGUAUGUACCCAAUCUGCUUCAUUGCAGAUAUAGUUAAAAUGUACCGCCAAAUAAAGGUUGAUGACGAAGACUCAGAAUUCCAGCGUAUUUUGUGGCGUGAAACACCGGAAGAGAACAUCAAAGAAUAUAAGAUGCUUCGUGUUACAUUUGGAACUUCUUCAGCUCCUUAUCUGGCUGUAAAAAGCUUGAUACAAGUGGCAAAAGAUGAAGGGCAAGACUUCCCUCUAGCAGCUGAAAGAGUAAAACAUGAAUUUUAUAUGGAUGAUUUGAUGUCGGGUUGCGAGAGCGAAGAAGAAGCAAUCGAAAUAUACAAGCAAAUGAAUGAAUUGCUAAAAAGGGGCGGUUUCGAAUUGCAAAAAUGGGCUAGCAACAGUGAAGCAAUGUUGAAGCAAAUACAACAAGGGAGUUUAGGAAAGCAAGAUGAAAAGAAGAUAGAAGUCAAAUUAGAAGCUACUAACAAGAUAUUGGGACUUACCUGGAGUCGUACUUCCGAUGAGUUUGUGUACGCAGUUCAGUUGCCUCCGAUGUCUGCACCUGUAACAAAAAGAAAGGUUAUCUCGGAUAUUUCAAAGUUGUAUGAUCCACAAGGCUGGAUAGCACCGAGUAUAAUCAAAGCAAAGAUUUUCAUUCAGAAGUUAUGGCUUGCGGGUAUUGGCUGGGACGAAGAAUUACCACAACCGCUAUUGCAAGAAUGGACAAAGUAUAGGGAAGAUCUUUCUGACCUGACACAAUUUCGGUUGAAGCGCUGGGUAUACUACAAAGCAGACACAAAGUUAGUGGAACUCCAUGGCUUCUGUGAUGCUUCAAAUUCUGCAUUUGCUGCAGUUAUAUACUUGCGAGUGAUAGAUGCAAGAGGAGAAGUUCACGUCAGUUUGAUUACAGCAAAAACAAGAGUUUCCCCAAUCAAACAACUUAGUCUUCCAAGAUUGGAAUUAUCAGGUGCUGUUCUGCUAGCAAAGCUACUUAUUGAAGUGUCGGGUGUUUUGAAUAUACCGAAAUCAAAUAUACACGCGUGGACUGACUCUGAGAUAGUGCUUGCGUGGUUGAGCAGUCAUCCUAGUCGUUGGAAAACAUUCAUCGGGAAUAGGUGUUCAGAGAUACUGACGGUCACAGACCGUAACCAAUGGUCACAUGUCAAAUCUGAACAUAAUCCAGCAGAUUGUGCAUCACGGGGCAUUCGAGCCUCUGAAUUAAUUGGAUUGGAGCUCUGGUUAAGAGGACCUUCUUGGUUGAAUGAAAAGGUUAUUCAAUAUUCUAAUCCUAAGGAAUUGGAGACCAAUUUAGAAGAAAGAAAAGUAAAAACUCACCUCACUACUUCAGUAGGAGAUCACGGCGAAGUUGACGACAUCUGGGCGAAAUUCUCAUCGUUGACGAAACUGCUGAGAGUCAUAGCAUAUUGCCGCAGAUUCCUGUGUAAGGAGAAACCAAAACAUCAGUACCUCCUAAAGAAAGAAAUUGAUGAUGCGUUGAUAAUAAUGAUAAAAAAGUGUCAACUUCAAGCAUUCUUUGAGGAGUGGAAGGAUAUUAAGCAAGGAAAACCAGUAAGCAAGAAAAGUGUACUUACCACUCUGAAUCCACAGCUGGACGACUCGGAAUUACUCCGAGUUGGUGGGCGGCUGCAUUACGCUGAAUUAGAUGAAGACCAAAAGCAUCCCAUUAUUUUACCAAAGCAAUCGCUGUUGACGACUCCUCUUAUACGAAAUGCACACAAGGUUACACUGCACGGAGCGCCACAGCUAAUGAUAAACAUGAUUCUGGGUGAACCUUUAUUAGCUGUUCCAGAUCAUAACUACGAACAUUCGCCAUCACAUUACAAGCGGUGA